AUGGGACCGUGUAUUGGUGAGCAAAUUUGCGUCACCCUGUCCGAUGGUUCGCUCGGAUGCUGCCCGGGUGACAAUCUGACCUUCAGCUGCCCGACUGUUGCCACAUCAGCCACGCGGUCGUCUUGCGUCGAUCUCGUCAACCCGUCCACCGGAGUCUCCGACUGCCCGAAACGUGCGGCCCUCUGCAAUGAUGCCACCUACUUGAGCGUCAUGCAAGUGCAGUGCAGGAAGACGUGCGGCUUCUGCGGCUGCAUCGACCAGGUCAACUCGGCCACCGGCACCUCCGACUGCCCGGCCCGUGUCUCGCUCUGCACCAACUCUGCCUACUCCUCGCUGAUGCGCACGCAGUGCCCCAAGACCUGCGGCUUCUGC